CUUUCACGGUAUGUGGCAUAAUGGAGAACCGCAACAUUAUGUCAAUUAAAAGAAAACGUAUUUUCAUCAAAAAGUUUCCUAGAAAAUGUAUUUCCAGUCCCAGUCAUCAUCAUACACUAGAAGGACUUUCAACUAAUUUAUCUUUUUUCUACAAUACUUAUUGCUUCUCAAUUUUCGUCUACCAAUGUCAAUACAUUAUAAAAAACAACAACCAACAAUCUCUUUUAAGCAAUCACCAAAUUCAGCUUGAACAGUAGUGAAGAGGAAAGCUCACAUAAUAACAAAUCUCCUUUUUUCUCGGUGGUUGGAAGAAAAAUGGUAGGGGAAUCUAGAAAGUGGGGGGUGCUAAUAGCAACAAUUUGGAUACAAGCAUUCACAGGAACAAACUUUGACUUCUCAUCUUAUUCAUCUGAGAUGAAAUCAGUUCUUGAUAUAACUCAGCUUCAGCUCAAUUCUCUUUCUGUUGCUUCAGAUAUGGGGAAAGCAUUUGGGUGGUGUUCUGGUCUGUUACUCAUGUAUUUUCCUUUGUGGGUUGUUUUGUUUAUGGCUGCUUUCUUCGGCUUUCUUGGUUAUGGAUUUCAGUGGCUUGUUAUUCAAAGAUUCAUUACUUUGCCUUAUUUUCUGGUGUUUUUCCUAUGCUUGAUUGCAGGGUGUAGCAUCUGCUGGUUUAACACCAUCUGCUAUGUAUUAUGUAUCAGAAAUUUCACAACUAACCGUUCACUUGCAUUAUCUUUGAGUAUUAGUUUCAAUGGUGUAAGUGCAGCUUUAUACACUCUCAUUGCCAAAGCAAUAAACACAAAUGAUGAUACUCUCUAUCUUUUCCUUAAUGCUCUUGUUCCUAUCCUCAUUUCUGCAUUAGUACUCAUUCCAAUCCUCCAACAAUCACAUCCUCAACAACAUUCUCUGGACACGGUUCGUCAUCGAGACGAUUCCAUAGUUUUUAUUUGUCUCAACAUCCUUGCUCUUGUCAUAGGACUCUACCUUAUCUUCCUAUACUCCCUCUCUUCUUCAACAAUCAUAGCUCGCGUUAUCCUCGUCGGCGCAAUUUUUCUCUUAGCACUUCUCUUAUUCUUGCCAAGCAUUGUGAAUUCAAUAGAAUGGCCUUGUUUCACUCUACCUAAUAGCUUUUCAUUAUACGACUCAAGUUUCACUCUUGUUGACAAUCAUGAUGAGCAUGAGCUUCACAAAGAGCUCAUUAGUAGUAAUGAGAAUGGUUUUGCAAGUAAUGGAAGUGUUCAAAGCAUGAUGAUAGAGAAGAAUUUUUGUUUUGUGAAUGUGUUGGAGAAAGAGAAGAUUACUAUGCUUGGAGAAGAGCAUUCAACAAAAUUGUUGGUUAGAAGAUGGGAUUUUUGGCUAUAUUAUAUUGCAUAUUUCUGUGGAGGAACAAUUGGAUUGGUUUAUAGUAACAACUUGGGGCAAAUUUCUCAAUCACUUGAACUCAGUUCUCACAUAAGUUCUCUUGUGACACUUUACUCUACAUGUUCCUUUUUUGGUAGACUUCUUGCAGCUGCGCCUGACUUCUUAAGCAGCAAGAUAAAAUUUGCAAGAACAGGAUGGUUUGCCGCAGCUUUGGUGCCAACACCUAUUGCAUUCAUUCUGCUAGCCAUAUCUGGUAGCAAAACAGCAUUGGAAAUAGGCACAAGCUUGAUUGGUUUAAGUUCUGGCUUUGUUUUCUCUGCAGCAGUAUCUAUUACAUCAGAACUAUUUGGUCCAAACAGUGUUGGAGUGACCCACAACAUUCUCAUCACCAACAUUCCUUUAGGUUCAUGCCUUUAUGGCCUUCUUGCAGCAUUGAUUUAUGACUCUAAUGCAACAACCACAAGAAAAUCAAUAUGGCUGCAUGAGAUGUCCUUGUGUAUGGGGAGGAAAUGCUAUAUGCAGACAUUUGUAUGGUGGGGUUGCAUUUCAAUGGUUGGAUUGGUUUCAAGCUUCUUGCUUUACUUUAGGACUAAGCAAGCUUAUGACAAUUAUGAAAGAGAUAAAAAAAGAAUCAGAACACAGCUGACAACUUAGCUUAUGAAUUAGAACUAUGAUGUGAUAGAACACUGUAUAGCAUAUGAUGCAAUAUUGAAACAUUAUCAGUAUAUAAAUAUAUUAACUUUUGUGAUCA